AUGAUUGAACCGACAAAAAAUAACAAGUGGAAAAAAGGCCGCUUGGAUAUCAGUCAACUUUUAAUUCAAUUUACUUUCGCAUCAACGCAUUUCGUUUUCACAAUCAAGAAUACUAAUCAGCAAAAAGAAACAGAUAAUUAUCCAAACGAAUUAAUGAAUUCACUCGCAUCAAUCCUCUAUUCAUCAUCGCCAGUGAAUACGAAGAAGCGAAAGAAUCUGUCUUUCCAACCUCUUCCUACCAAAUCAUCUCGAUGUCAAGUUGGCAUGUUAUUUCGCUCGUCAACACCGAAAGCAUCGUUACAACCCCGAAUAACAACGGCAACAGUAGCAGAUCAUCCAACGACACUGUCCAAUUCGUCAUCUGCAGUAUCAUCAGCAAUGUCCUCUCCUCAAAGUCCACGCUGUUCGACACCGGUAUUUGCAAAACAGAGACGCACACGACCAUUCAUUGCCUGCGAAUUGUGUCGGCAACGUGCAUUUCAAUCAGUAAAUACUGAUAACCAAAAACAGAAGGAAAGUAGCGUGAAAAAGAAAAGCUCGAAAGAACCCAGUCCUCAUCGCCAUUACCAUCAUUCAGCUACACUACAAUAUUAUCAAUAUCAAACGAAUACGAGUAGCAGUCUUCGACGAAGACGACGACGACAACGUUCCUCUGUUGAUCAACUACUUGUGUGGAUUGUCUAA